AUGUAUAUAUAUAUAUGUAUAGAAGCGUUGAACACUCAUCACCCUCACUGCUUGUGCGUGACGUUGAAAGUUUUGCAACAUUUGGUAACCUGCCACAAAUCAACGGCAACUGUACUCAUUCCAUACUACAGACAGAUAUUGCCAGUGUUGAAUACAUUUAAAUCAAAAAACGUUAACAUAGGUGAUGAAAUUGACUACGGACAAAGACGCAGAGAAACGUUGUGA